AUGCUCAGCGAGAAGGCGAAAGGAAAGCGACGCGCUUCCGACACUGAGGACGAGACGGAAUUGCAGCACCUAUUUAAGGACUUGAUUGUUCGUUUCACAGAGGGAAUUCCGGACCUCACAUUACAGGUAGCAGAGAAGGACAAUAUCCGUGAUGUCAAGCAGAAGAUACGGGAGGCGAGAUCGCAACUGCAGAACCGUCGGCUCAAGCUCAUCCUUGCGGGACAACUGCUCGCAGACAACGUUGCACUCUAUACGCGGCUGGCGGCCCUUGAGCUGCGCCAACGCCGUGCUGCAAGCAAUGACGUCGCAAGUGAAAGUCCCAGGGAGCAAGGCACUAGCACCAUAUGGCUACAUUGUUCCGUCGGCCCGCAAUUGACGGAUGGCGAAGAAGAGGAAGAGACCCAAGUGCAGUCUGCCCAACUCAAACCACUGCGUGGGUUUGACAGGCUCGCCGCUGCGGGCUUCUCCGAACAAGACAUCGCUAACAUCCGGUUGCAAUUUCAUGCCAAUUCCGCGGGAGAUUAUAUUGACCAAGACUUCGUUGAUGACGAUGACUUCGAUGACUAUGCUCGCACUCUUGAGGAACAAUGGAUUGACUCUCUUGAUAACGGCGGAGGAGGGCCACUAUCCCAGUCCUCAUCUCGUUCCACGGCAACGAUCAUGAAUGGAGUCAUUGUUGGGUUUCUAUUCCCAUUGAUGCCGUUCUUCUUCUCGGGCACUCAGAAAACAGCCUCAUUCUGGGAAGACGGUACUGCGCACGAAAAUCAAGGUGGCAUUGUAUUCUCGAGGACCAUGCAAGUGGGUAUCGUGAUUGGCUUCAUCUUCAACAUCUUGUUUGGUGUCUGGACAUACCUUGUGACCUGA